AUGCCUCCUGUCAGGGGAAAGUGGACCACCGUCAACAUGGACGAGAUCCGGCUGUGCCAAGACCUCGUUGAUGAACUCGAGCUCGAGUACGUUAACGAGGAUAGGGCCACCAUCAUUUCCACCACUCCUGAGAAGAUAUUCCAGAACACGACCAUCGCUCUCUGGGCACGCACUUACUUGGGCACGAAGGAGAUCAACCUGGGUCUACCUUCUCUGAAGACCUGGCUGGAAAACCUCGCACUUUGUGGACCUGGUCGAUCUGGAAUGUAUGAAGGGGUCACAUACAAAUUUGUCAAGCGAUGGCCCAAGAGCGAAACCACUACCCCCGGGUACGAACUUGAUUUUUGA